GCUCAAUGUCCUGUCCCUGUCACUCUGUUAUGCUAUGAUUCUACCAUAACCUUAAAACGCGCUUGUUUCUUAACCCCUAUUUUAAAUAAUAGUCAGUAAGAAAUAUUCGUUUGGUUUGUCAUGGUGUUUUUAUAAAAAGAUGAUACAUUAGAAUAAUACAUACAAACAAAAAUGUGUACGUCUUCAAGGAACAGUGUAAAUUAAAUUCAAUUUAACCUGUCUAGUUUGGUUUACAUUGUAUACACAUACCGACAUGUAUUCUUUAAUUGUAUUAAAUAGUGUGUUAGUCAAGUGCAAUAAAUUUUGCACAUUAAACACCUGUAGAAAGAUACAUUCAUCAAAUUUAAAACAGAUAUUGUUUAACAAAAAUGUCAAUCCGAAGUUAAAAACUGAGAAGAGAUCAACCUUGUAUUAUUUAGCAGCAGCUGGUGUAUUUGCGGUUGGUAUGAGUUAUGCUGCAGUACCACUAUAUAGGAUAUUCUGUCAGGCGUAUGGGUAUGGUGGUACAGUUGGAGAAGCUUCAGGUGCACAUGUUGAAAAAUUGAAAAAAAUCCAGCACAGAGAAAUAACAGUUAAGUUUAAUGCUGACGUUGCCUCCAGUAUGCGAUGGAAUUUCAAACCACAACAACAUGAAAUAAAGGUAAUGCCUGGGGAGACAGCUUUAGCAUUCUACACUGCUCGUAACCCCAGUGACAAGCCUGUGAUAGGUAUAAGCACAUACAAUGUGGUGCCUUUUGACGCCGGUCAGUACUUUAACAAGAUACAGUGCUUUUGUUUUGAAGAGCAGCUGCUGAAUCCACAUGAAGAGGUGGAUAUGCCUGUGUUUUUUUACAUUGACUCUGAGUUUGCUGAAGAUCCUAAAAUGGAGUUUGUAAAUGAAAUUACACUUUCAUACACAUUUUUUGAGGCAAAACCUGGUUUGCAGUUAUCCAUGCCUUCAUUUGCAAAACCUCAUACAGCGCAGAAAGUUAGUAUAUGAAGUUAGUAAUUUGUAAAUUUAUGUAAAUAAACGAAUCAACUUUUACGCAA